AAAAGAAAUGUCGUCAACAGUGUUCAGUGUUCGUUUCUUCUCGCGCAAAAAUGUAAAUAAACUUAUAACCAGCUGACAACUGUGAGUGAAUUUUUGAGUAACGCACGCAAUAUGCGUGUAACUGUACGAUCGCUUCGUUUUCCCAAAGCCCAAAGAUGAACGUUCCUCUGUAUGGAACGGGAGCCAUUAUAAUUCUGAUUGUUGCCUUAUUUGACUAUGGAACAGUCCUGCAAAUUUUGAUAUGUAUAUUUCUUUGUAUUAUAGGAUUAAUAGUAUACAUAUAUAGACAAUUUCCACUAUCAUCUCAAAAUGAAAUUACUUUCUCAAGGGAAGAAUUUUCCGAAUCGAGUAAAAGGUUAUGGACGAGGUUGGAAGAGAUAUCUGAGAAGUCGAAAGAAAAGAUGACCUUUAGUGAAGACCGACGGAUCACUGGUAGUAGAAUUAUCGAUGAAUCCCUACAAGAAAUUUUAGGCUUUGUUCUAAGAGAUUAUGUGCAGUCAUGGUACAACAACUUCACUGAUGACAAAGAAUUUCUCCUUUCGGUUAGGGACACAGCUCAAAAAAUUAUGAUCAACGUAUCCAACAGGGUGAAAGAAAUAGAUUGGAUUCCUUACUUAACAACGCGUCUCGUUGAUGAUGCUGCAUCACAUAUGAGAUUAUAUCAACAGGCUAGAGCGAAAAUGAAGCAAAAUCAGUUGUUUAAGCAGCAAAAAAACAGCAGCUCAAGUACGUCUGGUGGAACUCCUAAAAAAACUCCGACGCAUCGUAGAAAUAAGAGCGAUACCGAUAUUUCCUGGUACUCUCAGUCGAAAUUUUACGUCCCCAACUUAACUUCUCUGACAGAACCAAAAGAGCUCAAACCAGUCAAGGUCAGCGAUUCUCUGGAAGAUACCUUCUUCGACCUGGAAGUGCAAAUGGAAAAGAAUUUCAUAUGCAGGGAUCUGGUGUGUCUGAAUGAAUCCGAUGAAAGGACCUUUUUAACUGAAAUUUCAGAAGUUGUUCUCUUCUUAAUUUUACCUAAAGAAGACUUCGACUGCAUACCUCUCAGAUAUUUUUUGAGAGAACUACUCGUUAACGUCAUAAUUCGGCCCCUGCUGAAUUUACUCUCCGAUCCUGAUUAUAUUAAUCAAACUUUUAUAUGGCUGUGUUCUAAAGAAAGCAAUUUGCCCAGCGAUAUUUUCCUAACGGUAAUUAGGUUAACGGAUGACUUAGAAGAAUUAUUGGCAACAAAGAACAUAGUUAACAGAAGACUAGCUUACAUAAGAUCCAAAGAGUCUGGGAGCGAGGACGAUAUAUCGACCAAGCAAGAAUUAACCAGUCUUCUCUACAUGAAAAAAAAUUUAGACACGAGGAUAGUCGCGAUGCAGGAGGGUUUAAAAUCGGAAAGCAACACCACAGAACAAAUUCCAGAGUGGAACAGACUCGUGGUUCCGGGGCAGAAGUUAAUUAAUUUGCCUCUCGAUGAAUUGUUGAGGAACAACAUAGCCCUGAGUUAUUUCAUUGACUACAUGACUAGUAUUAACGCUGAAGCUUACCUCUAUUUUUACUUAAAUAUUUACGGCUGGAGGGUUUCCGCCGAGCAGCAAAUAUCCGAGAUCGAGUUGGAAAAAAUUCGCAGACAGCACUCCUCAUCCAAAGAGGUGAAACGUCGAACCGCUGAUCUCGGAAACUUGAAAGAAGCAGCUAUCAAGAUAUACCAGCAAUACUUGAGUGACAAGGCGAGUCUGAAACUACAGUUGGAAGAUAUUUUGGUGAAGAAUUUGGUAAUGAGAAUAAAGAACGAGUCUGUGAAGGAGACUUGGUUCGAUGAACUUCAGAUUUGCUGCUACGAGAAACUGAAAACCGAGGGCAGAUUUCUCCCAGCCUUUACAAGAUCUUCUUCAUAUGUUAAACUCUUAGCUGAGCUGGAUUUGCUGAAAGAUUCGACAUCUGAAGAAGAUUCAAAGUCGCUGGACAGCAUCAGUGUAUCUAGUAUAAAUAAUGAAACGGAAGUGGAUCAAGCGUCGUGGAUGGAAGGUCAGAAAGCUGAAACGCAGUCGAACUCAAGUUCCUCAUCUGGUAGCAGAGCAGGUGAUCUUAGAGCCUUAGAUGAAUUUGAUGGGGAUAGAGGAAGUUUGAAAGAAUUUCUUAAGCUGCAGAAGCCGAACUGCAUAGAAGCUGAAAAGGUCAUAGAAGGAAAAGAAGCAACGGCCUACUUUGAAUCCAACUCGGAACACAUUUUUCCGAUGGAUGAGAGUUUUCAAGAUCCUAAUAUAAUCAAGAAAUUGCAACAAGGUCGAUAUAGAAUCACUGCGGAAAUAAUUGAGACUGGGAUACAGUGCGAUAAGGGAAAGACUUACGGUAUUUAUGCGGUGUCUGUGUCGAAGACUUUUGAGUCGAGUUACCAGGAAAAAUGGCACAUUUAUCGAAGGUAUUCUGACUUUCAUGACCUUUAUCAGAGGAUAAAGGAGAAGUAUUUCGAUCUGGCGAAAAUUCCCUUUCCUGGAAAGAAGGCCUUUCACAAUAUGGAGCGAGCUGUGCUUGAGAAGCGAAUGGUUAUGUUGAAUGCUUGGUUACGUGAGUUGACGAAACCGACUGUUGCAGAUGGCCAUAUGGGCUUGCAGAAUUUGUUGCUUGCUUUUUUGGAACAGGGAGAUUAUGACAAGGGAAUGACUGGAGGGCAUAUUUCUAGAACGAUCGACAAUUUAGUGAAUCCUUUAAAAUCGUCGAUGAAAACAGUGACGCAGGCAGUUAAAACGAUGCCAGAUAAUAUGCUAAGUACAGUCGACGGAGUUAUGGAUAAACUUUUUGGCAGCACGAAGAAAAACGACGUGAUCUACGAAAGCGUUAAAGUGGGAGCUUGUCUGGACACAGUGACAGAUGACAAUAUUCCACUACGAAUAAUUCUCCUCCUGAUGGACGAGAUAUUCGAUCUGAAAGUGAGAAAUCAAUGGCUGAGGCGCAGAAUUGUUACGCUGCUAAGACAGAUUAUUCGCACCAUGUUUGGUGAUAUUGUAAAUAGAAGAAUUAUAGAUUAUGUUUCAGAAUUGACGAGUCCGAAGAAUGUCGCCAAGUACUUGAAUUUAUUUAAAAGUAGUUUGUGGCCUAAUGGUGUGAAGGCUAGACCUAAAUCUCCUCGCAGUCCCGAGAUGAAAAGUAGGACGCGAGUCGACGCCAAAGUCGCUCUCCUCGCUUGCUUUUCCGACGAACUUAAACAUAUCAUAGGGAGCGAAACCACCAGGUGUGGAAUCUUAAGGGUUUUCGAACUUUUCCAACGACCUGUUUUGAACCGAAGACUGCUUUAUGUACUGCUAGAAGGAAUUAUCGAGACUCUUUUUCCACAACGAGAUUUUGUCUCCAUCUUUAGAAGAUUAUACUCAGUCUCCCCACGAGUAAAAAUCAAAAGUCAGGUCAAGUCUGGACUAAGCUAAGCGAUGGAAUGUUGAGUUUUUCAUUUUGCAGUAAGGAAUGCUAAUGUGAUUAUUUGCCAAAUGGAUAUUUAAAACUAAGGGUCACUGGGGUUCUUGGGUCUACACUGAAACAGUUGAUCGUGUGAUAACUCGAAAUUUAUUUUAAAUUUGGAACCAAUUUUGAAUUCUGGGAACACUGGAAGUCAGACUUUUAUUGAGUGUUAGGGGUUCUUCCAGGGAAUAUUCUAAAAAUUUAAAAUCUUGUCUUAUGAAGUUUUAUGUAUACUAUAAAAGCGUUCAAAUAUUACGUAAUAUAUUUUACAAAAAUUGUUUUACAUACAAUUGUGGAUGAUUAACAAUUCGAAAUUUUUAAGUUAGGUUUUCAGAGCCGAUAAAAAUUUAAUUGAAGCUUAAAAAUGGUUGAUACGUAAUAUUUUCAAGCAGAUGGCCCUGUGAAGUUUUCUUCUCUAGAUUUAAGUUUUAUUUCUAGUAGGAUAUCUUGUUUCUAAUGUUAUGAAAUUUUAUUUUUAUAUUGUAAAGAUUUAUUUCUUUACUCGUAAUUUUUAAUACGAUUUAGACUAAGUUCGCACACUUUUACACUAUUAAUUAGCUAAUUAAGUAUGAAAACAUAUUUUCUGUAAAGAAAUUGCCAUUGCAGUAAGGUAUCGGGACUAACAAUUCUACAAUGGGGAACAAAUGAAAAAAAUUUUCUUGUAAAACUUUGCCGAUAGAUUACUGAAUACUCACAUUUUGAAAUAGUUUGGAAACUAAAGUAACAAAGCAUUGAAAAAACUUCAGUUAUAUCGAAGUCUUUUUUCUGGAUUGUGAUUUCCGCAUAAGGCAUAAUAUUAGCAGAAUCAUUCCAUUUGCAUUUUAAAAUAGAUUGUACACCGACAAUUGAAAUAUUCUUAUUGCUGCCAUUAUGUUCUAAUUAUGCUCUUAUUCAAGACGCAUUGUGAAUAAUUAGCAAAAGAAAUUUUUUUCUAUGUCUGAAUAAAUAUUACAGGAACUUAAGAGGGAAUUCAGAGUUCUGACAUUUAUUACUGUGUUUUCAGCAAUGUAGAUAAAUGUGUAAAUUUCACUUUUGUAAAUCCCAGCAUGGAUGUUGUUAUAAUUUUAUUGUGAAACUGUACAGAUUCGGGAAAGUGCGCGUGCCAUGAAUUUAUUUAUUUGAUAAAUGGAGUUAGGGGAAAUGAAUGAUUAUUGUUAAUAAUAAUUUAAGACACCUUAAGUUAUAUGCAAUUGUACCUACUAGAAAAUGCAAAGUGUCGUUAAAAGUCGGUGUUGUACCUCUGUAUAUAAUGUUAUUCAUUUUUUGGAAUUUAAUUGUAGUCGACAUUGUAAAGUUUACAGAUUAAAAACGUCUUUAUACAG